CCAGGUCCUGGGCGGCCUGGCAGGAGGCGUCUUCGAGGGGCGGGAGCCGGCGGGGCUCAUGUGGUUUCCUGCUGAGCAGGAUGCCUGGGCCCCCGGGCUAAUUGGGAGCAGGUGUCGGUCUGGCUGACUGCUGGGUCUGGGCUGUGAAGUUAGUUGGGCAGGACUGGGGUCCCAAGGAUGGGCCUGGGUUGUGGUCUGGGCACUAGAUUCCUGGAGAAGUGCUGAGCAGAGGGUGGGCAUUGGUGUGGCGGGGAGAGCAGGGGCAGGGAUUAGAAAUGUCUGUGGAGUGUGGGCGAGCAGGGUAGGGUCCGUUGUCACGAUCGGCUCUGGAGCCAGGGGGAGGCGAGUCCCUCAGGUCCUGAACUCCCAGUGGGCUCUCAGGGACAGAUCCCUCCAAAGUGGUCGCUGCCCCCAAGGCCCGCCCUCCGUGACCCUCGUCUGCCUGGCCUCUGUUCUGGGCCCCCCUUCUCCAGGCUGAAUUCUGGGAGCAGAAGCGGCUGUGCAGCCCUGGGGUGUUGGCCUGGGGAGCAGCUCGCCCCUCCUCUUUCUCCAGCUGUCCCCAGACACCUGCCCAGAGUGCUCACUGAGCAGUCAUGAGAGCUGCCUCCCUCUUCCUGCUCUUCCUGCCUGCAGGCCUGCUGGCUCAGGGCCAGUAUGAUCUGGACCCACUGCCUCCGUACCCAGACCACGUGCAGUAUACCCACUACAGCGACCAGAUCGACAAUCCGGACUACUAUGACUACCCAGAGAUGACCCCUCGGCCGCCCGAGGAGCAGUUCCAGUUCCAGUCCCAGCAGCAAGUCCAGCAGGAAGUCAUCCCUGCCCCCACCUUAGAACCGGGGACUGUGGAGACGGAGCCCACGGAGCCGGGGCCUCUGGACUGCCGCGAGGAGCAGUACCCUUGCACCCGCCUCUACUCCAUACACAAGCCCUGCAAGCAGUGUCUCAACGAAGUCUGCUUCUACAGCCUCCGCCGCGUAUACAUCGUCAAUAAGGAGAUCUGCGUCCGGACAGUCUGCGCCCACGAGGAGCUCCUGCGGGCUGACCUGUGCCGUGACAAGUUCUCCAAGUGCGGCGUGCUGGCCAGCAGUGGCCUGUGCCAGUCUGUGGCGGCCGCCUGUGCCAGGAGCUGUGGGGGCUGCUAGGGGGAGCUGGCCCCCCGCCAGCCUGGGGCCCCCAGGCUCUGCCUCACCUGGUGCUGUCCCCCCGUCCUGUUAGAGGGCUGCGGGCCUGGGGCCACCCCCGGAGCCGCAAGGGGGCUCCCGAAGGGCUAGUCUCUGCCUCCGGGUGGGGGAUGACCCGGGUGCUCUGUGGGACCUGGGCCCCUGACAUGCCUUCCUCGUCCCCCCCGCCCCCAGGACCGUCCCCCACCCCCGAGGUAGGCUGUGACCCCCCCACCCCAGCUGGUCUGCUUGAAUCUCCUACAGCCCCUGGGCGUAGACCACCUUUGUUUUAUACAAAAUUAAAAACAGGUUUUUA